CCGGACGACUUUUUGCGGGUCAUUUCUGCCUUCCUUCGACUUCGUUUGCGUUGCCCGCUGUUGCUCAGAGAAACGCCGCCAGAAUGCCUUCGGAAAACGGUAACAGACUCUACGUUAAGGGUCGCCACCUGAGCUUCCAGCGCUCCAAGCGUGCUGUCAACUGCAACACCAGUCUGAUCCAGAUCGACGGUGUUACCAACACCGAGGCUGCCAACUUCUACCUCGGCAAGAAGGUCGCUUUCGUCUACCGGGCUAAGCGUGAGGUCCGUGGCUCGAACAUCCGGGUCAUCUGGGGCAAGGUCACCCGCCCUCACGGCAACUCCGGUGUUGUCCGCGCUCAGUUCCGCCACAACCUCCCCCCCAAGUCCCUCGGCGCCACCGUCCGUGUCAUGCUCUACCCCUCCAACAUCUAAAUGACGCCCUUUUUUCGAUAUGAUGGAUGGCACUCCGGAUCUAAUUUCGCGCAAACAGUCGGGCAAGGAGUCG